UCUCUCUCUCUCUCUCUCUCGCCGGCAGAGUCAGUUAGCUUUCAAGAUACUCAACCCAGACGGCGACAAGUAUCAGAACUGUCUCUUAAUCCGCGACUCAGGACUCUUGGACACUGACUGCAAGAAACACAGCUGCGCCGCCUGCCGCACCACCGCCGGGAGCACCUGGACGCUUAGGGGCACGUGUGAGGAGGAGGAGCGCAUGUAUUACUUCGACCUGGUUGCGAUGCCCAUGUCCUUCCGGGGCUACGGGGAAUACAGGGUGAGGAAGGUGGAGAACACGUGGGAGUGGUACAACGCCGUUACCAACACCACCAUGGCCACGCUGUCGCCACUCAGCCUCAACUACCCCGUUGGGAGACACAAAUGGAACCUUCAGGUGCCAGUGUGUGGGCAGAAGGGCGGCCAGCGCAUGCUCACCCUCUCCCCUUGCGUCCCCGGGGAAUUCACUUGUGACGAUGGCUCCUGCAUCGCCUUCUCCAAACGGUGUGACCUUAAGUUCGACUGCAUAGACAAAACGGACGAGAGCUUCUGUGACAUCGUUAAUUUCCCGGGCGACUACAGGUCACGACUGCCGCCCCGCCCUGCGUCGGACGAGGCCCUGCCUAUAGCGGUGGCGGUCUCCAUGGACACCCUGAACAUCGACACCACCACCAUGCUGCUCUCCGUCAGCUACAACCUGCGCAUGACCUGGCUGGACAACAGACUCACCUACAACAACCUCAAGCCUCUCACACGCCUUAACACAGUGUCGCAGGAGCAGGUGGCGCAGCUGUGGCGUCCCCAGUUGGGCUUCAUAAACACGGACGACAUACAGCAGACCAAGGUGGACGAGGACGCGGUCACCACAGUCUUCCGGCAGCACCCCGUGUACACUCCCAACCUGGCCGAUCCCUAUGAAGUGGAAAUCUACCGCGGCGACACUAACCCCUUGUCCACCACGCGCAAGUACUCCACCAUUUACACCUGUAACUUCGACCUGGUCCUCUACCCUUUCGAUAUUCAGGAGUGCUACCUGCGACUUCAGAUCAUCUCCGCAUCCUCUGAGUACCUCGUCUUCAACGUCAACGACUCUGCGGUGGAAUAUCUUGGCCAGAAGUUCUUAGUGGAGUAUGGCAUCGGGAAAAUCAACCUGAAGGAGAGUGACGGCGGCCAGUACGGCGAGGUGCAGGUGCAAGUCGAGUUGAUCCGCCGCUAUGGGUUUGCCAUGCUCAACAUCUACAUACCGUCAGUCACGCUUCUCACCAUCAGCUACGUCACGCUUUACUUCAGGCCGACUAUCUUCGAGGUGCGUGUCAUGACCGCCCUCACCUCCCAGCUGGUGCUCGCCACGCUCUUCACGCAGGUGUCCACGUCGCUCCCCAAGACCUCCUACUUUAAGAUGGUCGACAUCUGGCUUCUGUUCUGCAUCUUACUCAUAUUCUUCAUCAUCAUUUUCCACACGAUCAUCGACCUCCACCUCGACUACGGCGACACGUCAUUCACAUCCGGUCCUCCUUUCCAAAAGAUUUCCUCGGGGAGCACAGGAGUCACGCGCGUCAGUCCCAUCAACGGCAAAGAAGGCGAGACAAAGAACUACAAAGAAAUAUUUAAACAUUCCUUCCUCAGCAAUACUGUGAAAUUUUACAUAAUCCUCUCUAAAAGCACGAUUUUCGCCGUCUUCCUGCUGUUCAACGCCAUUUACUGGGGCACGCUGGCUAAGGACUCAGGCUUAGUGUACUACUACUGAGGGAAGCACGUCUUUAUCCGCAACGGGAGUCUUGUAUCUUUAUCUGUGGCUCGUGGCUCACCGCUGUGCCACCGCGUAAUUGAAUGGACUUCUAAGCCCUCCCGCCACUCAGCCUUGUACGUUAAUUCCUUCACCACAAAGCAAGAUUCUCAUUUAGAAUUACGACUUUGUACCUCCCCCACACACACACAAAAGCAAACUACAAUCAGACGCAUCACAAGGAUUAAGAGGAAAAAUAAAUAUGACAUCAACCAACAGUAUAUGAAGCACACGAGAUAAGACGCCUCCAUGCACUGCCAUCAACUGCACGACGACGACAACCACCACCACCACCACCACCACCACCACUUUCCUAGUCUAAUCACCACACACGAAACAAUCCAGCACACACAUACAAACAAACACUAUUCCACCUCGCGUGUUUUGGUUCAAUAGACGAAAAGUAAGUUGUUUUUUUUUCUUCUCUUUCCGUACAUCCAAUGACGUGAACCAAUUAAUUAACGGAGCAACAGGUGUUUUCAGACUCCACAAAACUCAUGCUUCGUCACGCAAUACAUGUAAAGAGGUUACAAGCAGACGC